AUGACACAACUAUCCUCACUAAAACUGGCUGUGGCAUUCAGCGGCUCCCGGGACACGACGGCUCAUUAUGCUAUUGAACAAGCCAUUGCCGUUUGCCUAACGACAGUGAACAAGACUCUGACUCAACCUGAUCUUAGAAACAACCAAAUGUCCGACAGAGGAGGUGAAGCACUAGCACAAGCACUGAAAGUAAACAACACUCUCACUCAACUUGAUCUUGCAAGCAACGAAAUAUCCGAUAGAGGAGGUGAAGCAGUAGCACAAGCACUGAAAGUAAACAACACUCUCACUCAACUUGAUCUGGGAUGGAACAAAAUAUCCGAUAGAGGAGGUGAAGCACAAGCAUUGAAAGUAAACAACACUCUCACUCAACUUAAUCUUCAAUACAACAAAAUAUCCGCUAGAGGGGGUGAAGCACUAGCAGAAGCACUGAAAAGGACGUGA